AGUGUUCAGACACGUCAAGUGCUGUUAUCUGAACAUGGUUCGCAUGUUUGUUUUGUUCAGCUUGUUUCAUCUGCUUGGGAUGUUUUGUCACACUGAUGCAGUGAAGUCAGUAUCAGUGAUGGAGGGAGAAACUGUCUUUCUAAACACUGAUGUUUGCAAACAACACUAUGACACAAUGCGCUGGUAUUUUACUGAUACUCUCAUAGCUCUGAUCAAUGGUCCCAACACGAGCUGUUUAUAUGAUGGUGAAGAUGGGAGAUUCAGAGACAGACUGAAGGUGGACUAUGAGACUGGAUCUCUGAACAUCACAAACACCAGACUUGAACACACUGGACCUUAUGAAGCAGAAAUCAUCAGAAGUGAGAGUUCAGGAAAAACCCAAAGCUUGAACAGAAACCCCAAGUGCGAUAGCACAAAAAUGUACAAAAAAAACAUUAACCCUGAAGACAUCAUAACAUCAUUCAGUCUGACUGUCACUGCUUCUGAUUCUGGCAAAAACAAGAAUGAAGCCCAAAUAGUACCAGAGGACAAAGAGAUGGAGACAACUGUUCCAGGUUCAGGUCUGUCUCCAGAUGUUCCAGAUUCAGGUCUGUCUCCAGCUGUUCCAGAUUCAGGUCCAUCUUCAGCUGUUUCAGGUUCAGGUCCAUCUCCAGCUGUUGUAGCAGGAAUUGCUGUUGUUCUGCUGCUGGCUGCAGCUGUUGGUGUUGGUGUGAUGAUCCGUCGCUACAGGAGAUCCACAAAUGCUUCUAAAGAGGACAAAGAGAUGGAGACAAAAAAGAUCCCACUUGUGAAGAAAAUCCAGCAGAACUAGCUGAAUCAGACACACUGAAUACCCUUUAACAACCAAAGAGAGGGAGAGAGAGAGUAAUGUUAGUGGUUGUGUCAGUCUGAUCUAUAAAAAAAGAGAGACAUCAGGUCAGUUAAUGAUCAUUAAUGUCAGUAAAAUUCCUGAAUACAGUAUCAUAUUGUGAAUAUCACAGUAAAUACAUGUAACAAUAGUGAUAAUGUAAUUUACUGUGAAAUAUUACAAUUGCACGCUGUGACAUCCUGGAAAGAUUUUACAGUGUAGCUAAUAUUAACUGUGUGAUAUGGUCUGUAUUGUUGUUUAUUUCUAAUUUUAUCAUUUAAAUCUCCUGUAAUUAAUUGUCAAAGGAAAGUCCCUGCAAGUUCAUGUAUUCUUUGAACAGAUGCCCCCCCCCC